AUGCACAAAGCACCUGUGUCUUGCCUUUUAGUCCCCCAGAAACCACGGGACGCGGCAGCUCUCGCGGCCCCCUGCUCCAAGCAGGACACGCCUUUAUUCCCAGCCCCUGACACCAGAGGACACCCGUAUUCACGUCGCUACACCAACGUUUCUCAGGAGCAGCAACAGCAGCGGGAAGCUCUCGAGUCAGCAGCGGCCAGCCGGGGCACGGCCCGGACCUUCCGGGACGUUCCUGUCAGGGGACAGCGUGCCGUGAGCCGGAGUACGCCGCGCCGGCCGCCUCACGUCGUUGAUUCGGUUGGAGCUCUUAUUAAUGGCUUCUCCAACAUACCUACACAUCAGAAAAAAACGGUGUAUCUCUGUCAGCUUUUGAUAAGAACUGCAAAAGGAAAAAACCUUGAAUGCCAUUUUGAAAAUGAUAAAAGAAUUUCACCUUUGGAAUCUGCUCUGUCUUUCUGGACUUUACUUGAAAGGGAAGAAAUUAAACUGGAAAAGCUUCAUGAAGAUAUUCGUCGCUUAAUUCAAAUUCAGAUUGUAGCUGUCUAUAUGGAAAAGGGAUAUUUCAAGGAGGCUGCUGAAGUUCUUGAAAGGCUAUUUACAGACUCGGCAUCAGAUAAGCCCUUAAGGGUGAAGCUGGCAACUGUAAUUAAAAGCAAGGAUCCAUAUGUUCCCCUUCUCCAAAGCUUCAGUUACGAUCUUUUGAUAAGUAAAAUCAAGUCGUACAUUGAACUUUACAUGAAAGAAAAUGAAACUAACUUCUUAAUACAGGCAGCCGCAAAACAGGUAGAGUCUAAAGGACUGGGAACAGCAGCAUUGCAAAACAAAACUGUGAAUGUCAAUGAAAACGACAAAAGGAAUUUGGAAACAAAACAAAGGCCUCAUUCAGGACAGAAACACAGAAUGAGCCGUGUUCUUCGGAGUCUGAACAGCUUGCAAAAUGUGGAAGAACACGGAGAUGCUUUGGCUUGUGGCCGAAGAAGACAGCGAUGGACUUACAAAGAAGACUUGGAACUGAAAUCAGGAGUAAGGGAGUUUGGAGUGGGUAACUGGGCUAAAAUUUUGGUCCACGGUGACUUCAACAACCGAACUAGUGUCAUGUUAAAAGACCGGUGGAGAACACUGUGCAGGAUCGAACAAGGCUAA